AUGAAAAUCUUAUGCGUGGCUGAGAAGCCUUCCAUCUCGAAAGCAGUAGCCAAGAUCCUCAGCGGUGAAUCCACUCGAACGCGUAAGACUAGAGCUAAGUAUAUAAUGAACUACGAUUUCAAGUUUAAUUUUCCACAGUACGGUCUCUGUGACGUAACUAUGACUUCUGUGGUGGGUCAUAUCACUAAUAUAGACUUCCCUCCUGAAUAUUCCUGGGGUAAGUGCCCGCCAGGUAGGUUGUUGGAAGCACCGACGCUAGAAGUGGUAUCGCAGCAGGAUGUGUUUAAAAAUAUAGCCAAUGAAGCCCGCACUGCAAACAUCUUAAUGAUAUGGACCGAUUGUGAUAGAGAAGGGGAAUUCAUUGGUUGGGAGAUAUUACAAGCAGCUAGGCUGACAAAUACCAACUUGACAUCAGAAAAUGUACUAAGAAGUCAGUUCUCACACUUGGAAAGAAACCACAUUCUUCACGCUGCUAAAAACCCCAUCCUGUUGGACUUAAAUGCCGUCAAGGCUGUGAGUUGUCGAAUGGAAUUGGAUCUUAGAGUGGGAGCCAGUUUCACGCGGUUACUAACUGAUUUGUUUAGAAAGUCAUCAGUAGCCAAUACAUCAAUGGACAAAGACAAGAAAUCCAAUGUUAUAUCAUAUGGGACAUGUCAAUUCCCCACUCUCGGGUUUAUCGUAGACCGCUACCUUCGUGUAAAAAGUUUUAUAUCUGAGAAGUUUUGGUAUAUAUCAGUGGAUAUUAAGAUGGAAAAUGACGGUGAGGUACAGUUGGUGCCGUUUACGUGGACGAGAGGACAUUUCUUCGAUAGGUUAUUUGUAACAUUGAUCUAUCAAGACUGUAUCGCCAAUCCGUUUGGUAAAAUCACCAAAGUCAUAAGAAAGCCUACAAGUAAUUGGAGGCCAUUACCAUUGACAACUGUUGAGUUGCAAAAGGAUUGUGCUAGAAUAUUCAAGAUGUCUGCAAAAGAUGCCCUUGAUGCUGCAGAAAAAUUAUAUAACAAAGGGUUUAUAUCUUACCCAAGAACUGAAACAGACCAGUUCCCCCAAGCCAUGGAUUUGAAAGAAUUGAUUGGAAAACAAUCUCAAGAUACAAGAUGGGGGUCAUAUUGUUCGGAAUUACUACAUGAAGAUAAGUAUAGGACUCCGAGGGGAGGUAAGAAUGACGAUAAGGCACAUCCUCCUAUACACCCUGUCAAUUACGUUAAUUUAUCAGCUUUAGAUAAUGAUAAAUUGAAGAAGGUGUACGAGUAUGUAGUACGAAGGUUUUUGGCGUGUUGCUCCGAUGACGCCAAGGGUGAGCUAAAUACUGUCACCUUACAAUGGGGCAAGGAAGAGUUUACUGCUACAGGAUUAGCUGUGAUAGCAAAAAAUUACUUGAAUAUUUAUCCAUAUAAAAAAUGGGAGUCUUCAAAGCAGUUGCCCAAUUUUAUCGAAGGAGAAUCUAGGAGUAUUACAGGAGGGAAAAUGAAGGAAGGGAAGACUAGCCCACCAAAUCAUAUGACAGAGCCGGAAUUGAUUGGGCUAAUGGAUGCGAAUGGUAUAGGGACUGAUGCUACUAUUGCAGAGCAUAUAUUCAAGAUCACCAACAGGGGUUACGUAGUCAAGACCAAGCAGAGGGGAACCGAGUAUAUAUUACCCUCCGAGCUCGGUAUGGGAUUGAUUCAAGGAUUUGAUAGAAUUGAAUUCGAAAACAUCUCACUUUCAAAGCCAUUCCUAAGGAAAAGAUUAGAGAAUUCUUUACAGGAAAUAGUGGAUGGAAGAACAACCAAGGAACAAGUGCUAAGAGAGGUUAUUCAACUCUAUAGACAAGCAUUUGUGCAGAGUGCGCAAAAGGGUAACAUACUAUUACAAGCAUAUAAAGAUAUUAUUGAUAGCAAUAAUAACCCAUAG